AAAAGAAAUAGAAAUCCAACCCAACUUCUAUAAAUCAAUUUUGCAUAGACGUGGGUGAGAGACUUGAGAGAUCGAUUGUGUUCAUGUCGGCUCAGCUCUACAGGUUUGAAUUCCUUUCAUUUAUAUAGCCGUUGCUUUGCCCCUGAGGUCUUCUCGGUGAAAGAUAAGAGAUUGUAAAGUGAAUUCAGGUUUCAUGUGCUUGUUGAAGGUGGCGGAUCCACGAGAUACAGGUAAGUAUGGAUGGUAUUCGAGGAGGGUCGAUGAGAGAGACACCGAUGAAGGUUCCUCUCAGCCGCCGCCACCACCAACACCACCACCACCACCGCUACCACCGCCAUCGCAACUAGAAGGAACUGAAACAGUGUCAGCGGCACCGAUGUUUUCGGAUUACAAUAGAGAGCGAGAGAUGUCAGCGAUGGUGUCGGCUCUAACUCGUGUGGUAUCUGGUGAUAGGAGUGCAGAAAGGAUGUAUGGAUCGGAUUUUAGUUUAUCUGUUGCAGCAUCAAGUCGAGGUUCAGGUUCUUCUGCUUUACCCUCUUCUUCAUCUUCAUGGAGUGGAGGACAGAAGAGAGGACGUGAAGAAGAGAGUAGUGGUCAGCCUUCUGAAUCAGCUAUGAGGAUUUACAGAAGUUUUGGUGAUUUCAGAACUUCACAAGGAGAAUCAUCAUCAUCAUUUGGUAUUGCAGUGAAAGAAGAAGAUCAGAGCUUUUUGACGACAACAACUGCAACAGCGACGGCAACACCAUCAGUUACCAUUCCCAGAGAAGAGACUACUUCACAGGGGGAAGGAGAGGGAGAGAGGAGAAGAAGAUACAGAGGAGUAAGACAAAGGCCUUGGGGAAAAUGGGCAGCUGAAAUAAGGGAUCCACAUAAAGCUGCAAGAGUUUGGUUGGGCACAUUUGAUACAGCAGAAGCAGCUGCCAGAGCUUAUGAUGAAGCUGCUCUUAGAUUCAGAGGAAACAGAGCAAAACUAAAUUUCCCAGAGAACGUUACUCUGAGGCCACCAAUGCCCAUUUCUCCAGCUACCCAGUUUACCAUUUCGGAUACUCGGCCAACCCUUUUGCCACCACCUCAAAUGCUUCAGCCAUUUAUGCAACCUCCAGUGCUUCAAAGUCAGCUACAGAGUUCUGACCCAACAAGGGAUUACAUUGCCUAUUCUCAGUUGCUUCAGAGUUCUGUAGAUUUUCAGAGACAGCAAUCGAGUCCUUUAGAGCAGAUGUUCUAUUCUUCACCAUUCGCUGCUGCUGCUUUGCCAUCUUCUUAUUCUUCUGCUACCGCCUCGUCUGUUGCUUCUUCCCUUUCUUCUUCAUCUUCUACUUCGUAUCCCCUGCCGUUUGGGAGUAAUCUAGAGAUGGAUUAUUUCAGGCAGCUACAACAGAGACGUGAUCAGGGUGGUGGUGGUGAUGGUAGUAGUGGUAGUGGUGCCUCAGGUUUUCCGCCACCAUCUUGGACGGAAUCCGGUCACUAUCCGCCGUCUUCUUCCAGCUGAUUCGUAUUUUUUGUUAUAGUACUUUUUCCUUUCUGUUUUCAGUACUUGUCUUUAUUCUCUUUGUAUGAUUUUGAUGUGUUUGAUACGGAUUUGCAAAGCACUGUUCUAUUGAAUUUUGUUCAUUAAAGAAAUAGGAUAAAAAUGAGAAGAAAUUGACAUUAUCA